AUGGAGAUUGCAAAGAAGUUUAGUUGCAAAGUGUACCAGCAGCCGGACGUGUUCACAUUUUGUUUGGGCUUUCUGUUAGCGAUUGGAAUAUUUGUGUCCUAUGUGCCACAACACAUCAAGGUCAUCAAAAGACGGUCGAGUGAAGGUCUCUCGCCGGCGUUUCUUCUUCUCGGCUCGCUUUCUGCGUUCUCGGCGCUUAUGAACAUCUUCAUUGUAACGAUUCCGGCCAGACGGUGCUGUGUGGCACAGUUGAACACUUACCAAUGUGCCAAUUCACUGGUUGGGUUUGUGCAGAUUCUCCUUCAAGCCGUGGGUUACAUUCUCAUAUUUGUGCUAUGCGUGUUUGGCACGAAGCACUCGAUACGGGAGUCGAAAACCAACCACCAUAAACUCACGCUCAAUUUCUACAUUUUUGUUGCCAGUGCCUUGCUUGACGUCCUCUUUGUUGUCUACCUCUUCCAGAUAGAUAAGAAAGGUGGCAUGGAGUCUUUACUAUUUUUUGCCGACAUCAGUGGAGUUAUUUCCACCGUGCUUGCUAUCAUCCAGUACAUUCCCCAGAUUUAUACUACUUUCAUGGUCAAACACGCCGGUAGUCUUUCUUUACCUAUGAUGUGUUUGCAGACCCCGGGUGGAUACGUCUGGUCUUACAGCCUCUACUCGCAACCGAAUUCUCAGUGGAGUUCGUGGCUACCAUACUUUGCAGCCGCAAAUUUGCAGUUAGUCUUGCUGCUAAUGUGCGUGUACUACAAAAUGUACUUUCCCACAAAAUUGACCGAAGCAAACGCGGAGCUACGAAUAGCAGAGGAGAAUAUGUCCCAUUCUAUCUCUCAUGCGGACGAAAAUACAUCACUAAUAUAA